AUGCAUUUAGAUCCAGUAGAUUUCAAACAUAUCUACAUAGCUCUGAAACACCAGAUUAGAAGAGUGCCUGUGGUUCAGUGUGCUAAACACAACUCUCUUAAAGACUGCAGAGGAGCUCUGGAUCCUCUCUGUGGAUGGUGCUCAAGUUUACACAAAUGUUCUACCCAGGAUGAAUGCUCAAACUCUUCAUGGAUAUCCCUUCCAGAAGGUUCUUUUCAGAAACAGCUUUUUUUAUUUCAGGUCACAGAGAAAUCCAUCAGAGAGAUUACUCUACAUCUGACUUUGAGUCUGAAGAGCACACAAUAUCCUGCCGUCUUCUCAUGUGCAUUCACCAGAGGAGGUGUGAACCUUUGUGAUGGACCUGAUCCUGCUGUAGUUUUUCCAAACUGCUCCUGUAGCUUUUCAGAGCAGCUGCUGUCAACUAAAGGUUUGGAAAUCUCAGCUACAGUUACUGUUGAGGACCAGAAGAUCACAGAGACCCUGAUGCUGAAGAACUGCUCCAGUAUUACAGAUCAUUCAACAAAGGCUCCUUAUACACAGUGUGUGCAGUGCAUCACAGCUGGAUGCCAUUGGUCAAAUUCUGACAAGCGUUGUGACUGGACACAUGGAACUGAGCCACAGUUACACAUACAGGAAGUAUGUAAAGAUUUGCGCUCUGAGGCAAAAGUGCCAGAGAUUUUCUCUAUAGAGCCGAACAGAGUUUCUUUCCAUGGCAGAAACAAUGUUUUACUAACAGGAAGGAACCUCGAAUCUGUCACCAAAAUUCGUAUUCAAGGGUUUCUGGACUGCUUUCCAAAAGAGUCUCCUGUGUUUGAUCGUUCGAGUGACAGUCUAAGGUUCCACGUUCCUCCCAGUGAAGCUAAAGGAACACUAAAAGUGUGUGCUGUUACUAAGGAUGACCGUUGUCAUGGUAACAGCAUCAUCACUUACAGUUCCCAACCCAGCUGCAUAGGUCUACAACCCAAAGUCACCUGGAGAAGUGGUGGAAGGAAAAUUUACGUGCAGGGGAACAAUUUGGAGUUUGUGGAAUCAAUCAUUGUCCAUUCCUCCAAUACAGAGCUUGAAACAAACUACAACAUAAACUCUAAGGACAUGUGGUUUCUUAUGAACCAUUAUGAUGGCAGUGAUCCGAUUAAGUUGAAGUUGAAAGUUGGGAACGUCACUUUAGACUGUGCAGAUCUUACCCUCCAGCCUGAUCCAAAGUUCAUUGGAUUCAAAGCCAUACGGGUGUCUGACUAUCUAACUGUGAACAUUAAGAUAAAGGCAGAUAAGUUGAACCUGAGUAUGGAUGAGGUACAGGUGACUGGUCUAAAGGGAGAUCGGGGACAUAAGUGUGUUUUGGUGUUGAUGAAACACGAUAUUAUUGUAUGUGAAAUUAAAGGAAACCUCAACACAGUGGACUCUCUAAUUAUCAUGGUUGGAAAAUUUGAUCUUACCAUGGGACAAAAUAUGUCAAAAUAUUUGAACAUUUGCAUGAAGAAUGGGUAAAGGAAAAAAGUUAGAAAUUUCUUUAUAUAGUAUGUGGUAGUUUAGGUUAAUAGGUCAGCUUAACUCAUACAUCACAUGUCUAAACUUGCUUAAUACAAGGCUGCUUUUCAUGUAACUUAGAAAAUCUUAGAUGCUGUGGAUGCUGUGUUUUCUAAACACUAGGUGGCGCUCUAUGCCUACUUAUUAAGUAUACAGUACAUUGUAUUAAUUCAAAACAGUAAAACUACCUUCAGUCUGCUGUUUAGGAGCUGGGUAGUAACUGUUUACAUGUUAUCUGUUUUACGUUAUACUCAUAAUCAAAGUACUGCUACUAAGCUUCCAUUAGAUGUAUUAUUACUUUAUUGUUUAUUCCCACUUUUUAAAAUCUAAACAAAUAAAACAGAUAAAUUAAUUAAAAAAGAUAUCAAGGUUGUAUUUUUACAGAAUGCUCUCAUGUAUAUAUCUCAUUUAUAUCAGACGUAAAUAAAUAAAACUUGGUUUUCACCGGGAAGCUUGUAGCACCUGUAAAUUUGAACAGUCUAAACAUAAAGGUUCAAAAUAGUUCUGUGUCAGGUUCCAAAAACAACCUUCAAAAUAUUAUUUUUAAGAGUGCAAUACUUUUUCCAGUGUGUCUCAAACAUUGAUCAAGUUCAUAUUUUCUUUUAUGAAAUAUAGGUUAUAAGUUGGUGUCAAGUAAAACCAGUGACAUUAGCUUAACUAAAGACUUUCUUUAUUAAUACAAGUAUAGAUUGGAAUUUGAGUAUUGCAUUAUUUAAAUAAGAAAGAUGUUUAAAUAAUUUCAUUC